GCCUUCGAAAACGCCGCCGCCGGGGUGCCAGUUGUGAAGCCCAGACAGCGUAGCAAAAAUGCGUCUUCGGUUUUACUCUCUCCUAAAAAUGAACUUUGGAAAACAAAUCGGGUAUUGUCGGUGAAUUCUCGGGAGAUGGCAGAAUAGUUCGACCCGCGCCGGUUACCUAGCCCUCACAGCACUUUGAGGAAAAAAAAUACCCCGCGAGGUCUGUAUUACACCCACAUCCACCUAGGAGCGAACCAUCUGUGUGUCCCUGAUGGCAUGCUGGCACUUUGGCUGUCUGGGUGUGGGUCAGCAAAGAGGGACAGGGACACGAACAGCAGGAUCUGCAUUGCCCUAGUCUCUGCCUGUUUCUUCUCUCGCCACCCUGCAGUUUGCUGCAGUUUCCUCGGUGCCCAGGCUAUUUGUGCCAUGGUAACUGUGCCAGCCUGCCAGCUCAGACACAGAUUCCACCUCUCGUCUCCCUCUUUGCCAGCAUGAUGACUCAGCAGCUCCUGCAGGGCUUCAGCCUCCUCCCUCCUCAACCUCGGUCUACAAUGACGAGUGUGGACAUGUUUCUGUUAGUUGUGAUCCCACUGGUCCUCCCCUGUUCAAGCUUAGAAGGUGAGGGCGGUGUGAGAAAUGAAUGUUUAUGUGACGGAUCAUCCUGCAGCGGUGGGGACCGAUGCUUUGGCCAGGAGUGCUUCAGCUCUCUCGCGGUGAUAAACGGGACAUCGGUCGUUCGUAAAGGCUGCAUUUUGGGGGACGAAGACCGAUCCUGGAGCUGCAGAUCCACACCAACUCCUCAGCUGGUGGUGAAGUGCUGCUAUGGGCAUUUGUGUAAUAUGAACAUCUCCCUUAACUUCCCACUAAAAGAUGUACAACUGUCUGCUGGCAGACCAGUCCUCAGAGACCAAGAGUGUGUAUGCGAGGGCGGUGUGUGCGAGCAUGGCCAUCGCUGCACAGGCCAGCACUGUUUCUCCGCUCUGAAGAUGAUUGAUGGGGCAGCCGUCCAACAGAAGGGCUGCCUGAGGGACGACGAGGAGGGCAAAGCCACCUGUGCCAUGCCACCCUCAUCGGCCCAUGUUGUCAAGUGCUGCCAGGGCCAUCUGUGUAACAUGAACGUCACUGUGCAAGCCCCAGGGAAAGGUACAGUAGUCCAGAGUAAGUCCCUGAGCAAAGAGGAGCAUGAGUGCGUGUGCGAGGGUGGUUCAUGUGGAACACAGAAUCGCUGCUUGGGCUACCAGUGUUUCUCAUCUCUGACAGUCAGCGGCGGCAUCAUAAUGUCCCAAAAAGGCUGCUUUAAGGUCUUAGAACAGAGCACGAUGACCUGCAAGACCCCGCCUUCCACAGACCAGAUAGUCGACUGCUGCCAGGGACACCUGUGUAAUAUGAACAUAACUGUGGAGCUCCCUGUCAAAGCUGAUGAGCAAUCCAGCUACAGUGUGACCACACUAGCUGUUGUCAUCGUGGCACCCAUCAUUGUCCUCAUCAUCCUCUCUGCUGUCGCUAUCCUGGUGUUCAGACGGAUCCACCACAACCAAAUGGAGAGGCUAACCUCCCGAGAUGCUGAAUAUGGAACUAUUGAUGGCCUUAUAGCUUCUAAUGUGGGGGAGAGCACUCUAGCGGAUUUGCUAGAUCAUUCCUGCACUUCAGGAAGUGGCUCAGGACUCCCUUUCCUUGUUCAGAGAACUGUUGCACGACAAAUCACACUAAAUGAGUGUGUGGGCAAGGGCCGUUAUGGUGAAGUGUGGAGGGGCCAGUGGCAGGGAGAGAAUGUUGCUGUUAAAAUUUUCUCCUCUCGAGAUGAAAAGUCUUGGUUCAGAGAGACUGAAAUCUACAACACUGUGCUGCUGAGACAUGAAAACAUCUUGGGCUUCAUCGGUUCAGACAUGACCUCAAGGAACUCCAGCACCCAGCUGUGGCUCAUCACUCACUUUCACGAGAUGGGCUCCUUGUACGAUUACCUUCAGCUCAACACCCUCGACGCAACCAGCUGCCUCCGGAUGGCGCUCUCCAUUGCGAGCGGUCUGGCGCAUUUACAUGUCGAGAUCUUUGGCACUCAUGGCAAGCCAGCUAUUGCCCACCGAGACCUGAAGAGCAAAAACAUAUUGGUGAAAAAGAAUGGACAGUGCAGCAUUGCUGAUCUCGGUCUGGCUGUCAUGCAUUUUCAAGACACAAACGAGUUAGACGUGGGGAACAACCCUAAAGUUGGAACAAAGCGCUACAUGGCCCCUGAAGUGCUCGAUGACUCCAUCCAGAUGGAUUGCUUUGAGUCCUACAAGAGAGUGGACAUUUGGGCCCUGGGCCUCGUCCUGUGGGAGAUCGCCAGGAGGACAGUCAGUAAUGGAAUUGUAGAAGAUUACAAGCCCCCUUUUCAUGACGUGGUCCCAAAUGAUCCGAGCUUUGAAGAUAUGAGGAAGGUUGUGUGUGUGGAUCAGCAGAGACCCAACAUCCCAAACAGAUGGUUUUCAGACCCAACUUUAACCUCCAUGGCUAAACUCAUGAAGGAAUGCUGGUACCAGAAUCCGUCAGCCAGAUUAACGGCGCUGCGCAUCAAAAAGACUCUCACAAAGAUCGACAACUCUCUGGAUAAAAUAAAAACAGACAUUUGAGCCUUCCCCGAGAAGACGAAGCAGGCAUGUACUGAGGGCCACUGAAGAUGUCCGGAGGAUGGACCACCUUAGAGAAAAAUCUCAAAAGAUAAAUGACUCAAUAAUUUCAGUGCCCUUAUAGUGGCACAGACUUAUAUUUAUUUUAAAACAUUUGAGGGACAUAUUUUGGCAUCCAAAGAUGGCUUACCAGGCAUUUCCGAGACUGCCGAUGGUCUUAGAAAUGGGAAAAUAUCUAUUUCAACUUUUAUCAUAGGAGCUUGACUAUUAGAAAUGUUCUUCAAGGAAGAAACUUACCAGGGCAUUUGAGUAGGGUUGCUUGUUUUUAGAAGAGCAGAUUUUGUUUGAAAACCUUUUUUAGCUUGGAAAAUGUCUGAACGCGGUCAUUUCUUUAUCUCUUUAAUUGUACUGUGUUGUUCUUUUGCAUUACGGUCGAUCCAUUUGGAAAAGAUGUCAACUCGCCGGUUGAACUUGCCUAGUCAGUCAGCAAACUUUGUAACACAGUAAACAUGUCGAGGUGUGUCUCACUUUGUGUGCAGUACCACUGUUUACAAUGCUGUCAGAAUAAGUUUCUUGGGAUUUUGUUCAGUUCUGUAACAUUUAGUUGUACAGUCAAGUCAGUGGCACCAUCCUUUUCCCGAUAUCGUCCAACUACAAGGUACUCUGUUGCAAACCUUUUGUAUAUCAUCAUUAACUUUACAUUGAAUUAUUAUUUUUUAUCUUGUUUUGCUUCUUCAGCUUUACAGAGACAUAUGCUAAAAGAACAAAUACAAUAUCUGCUAGAUGAUGCUGAACUGUAUUCCUCCAGAGGCCUGUAAGUAAGCCUGUAAAGCCUGUAUAUUGUCUUAACGCGUGCAUUGUCGUCUUAAUGCGUGCAUUGUCAAAGUAACUGAAGUCAAACUUCAGCGUUUUUUAAUUUCUUUAACAUUUUAUAUCAAUUAGUUAUUUUUUUUAUUAAUUAAAAUGGGGAAAAAAAGAAGUAAAUUACAUCUGACUGGUGUCUUGAUACUGUGUCGAAGUGUGUAGAAAUAUCUCAAAAGUCUGUAAAAGAAAUUCACAACCUUGAGAUCAAUUCAAAUGGUGAUGCCUUCUCUUUUUCUCUGCCACCACCUUCAUCAGGCUCCUGUUCAGUAAAUCUUUCUUCUUUUGAUGUGACCUUUCUUCAGAGUCAUCACAGGAUAUCUUGAAGGUUUAAUAGAUUUUUGGAAGUCUGGCGGCUAUGCUUACAUGUAUUUGAUGCCUCGAAUGAUGAAGCAGUACCUCUGUUUAUUUCCCCCAUAACCUAUCAAAAUUUUGGCAAAGUUUUCUUAAUUUCGAGAUGUAAUCCACAAGACUACAGAGAGGUUUUCUAGCCUCGCCUGUAAAGUGUUCACUGAAACCUCUUAUCAUACCUUUGCUUUAUUCCUGAUUGGUAAAUGUUAAUAUGCUAAAAUGCUAAGAUGGAAAAUUAGUUGUAUGAAAUCGAGUGGUUAGCCUCAGCAUGCUUCUGCUGGCUCUACUCUAAAAUGCCCAUUUUCAUUUCACUUUGUUCAAGCUGGGCUUUGAUGUCAAGAUGCUAUUAUGACAGCUGUUAAUCUGUUAAGUCUUAACUAUCCAGCUGUUUUGUCCUUGCACUUUCUGAGUACAGUGUCUGACUGUUCUGAACUUUUCCAGCUUCUACGAAUCUAACAGAAAAUUCAGCUCACAGUGCAUAAUAAGGACCAUUUCCAUCUCAAGUGGAAUAUCAGAGCUUUUUAUCUUUCCAGCUAAAACAGCAGCUUCUUUUCUGACUGCUGGAGAUGUGCUCUAACAAUGCGAACAGUUAAUUUUUUAUUUAUUUGGUGAAGGUAAGAAGCCCAAACUUUGGGGAGAGCAGAAUUUGGCAGUGUCAAACUGGUUACAAACUAAUUCAUAUGAAGAGCUAUAGGCCAGAUGAUUGAAUGACAACAGUGGGUGAUUAACCAUGCUAAGAUGUCCUGUGUGUGUUGAAAACAGCUGUCAGACUUUUAAGGUAACAAGUCUUCAUAUUCAGUGUCAUUUGAUCCGUCCGGAGACCGCAGAGCAGAGGUUUGACUCCAGCAGUUUUAAUGUCCCAUCCUGUUUCUUUGAGGUUUAGGGCUAGACUUGGUUGCACUGUAUUCAUUAUCUGAGAGGGUGUAAUGGUGACGAAGUAUGUGUUACUUUUUUCCAGUAAGUAAAUAUCAAAAUAUUUGAAAGAAUUUAAAUGUUAAAAAUGAACAAUAUAGAGUCAAUUUAUACCAGAUUAUAUAAAGACACUCAUGGAUAAACAAAAAAGACCCAACUUCAUGAAAAUCCUACAUCAACCCUACAGUCUUGGAUGUUUUUUUUUUUUUCUUUUCUUAGCACCCUCAAUAAACAUUGUGCAUUUGCCUGUCAGUGUAUCUGUACAAGUUCUCAUUUUUCUUAUGUUGGUUUUGUGACUUAAUGUUCUCCUAGUAGUGCCUUGAUGAAGACUGUGUCAGUCACCACAUUAGUAGUGAUUCAUUUUCUUAACUGCCAAGGACCACAGCUGGUGCAGUUGGAGCAGCGACUGUUUGUGCUGCGAGAACCCCCAAAAAGUCAAGGUUCCUGGAUUCAGAGUUUACUAGUGGCUGCCUCACCACUUCUUGUUUGUAGACAAUGUGCAUACCG